AUGCCUAGGAGAACAAAUCUGAUUGAUGGUAAAAUACAAGAUGUGUACAUGUACUUGCUCAAUGGUUUGAAGGAUCUUUUACAUCAUCACAGAAAUGAUAAAUUACAGGAGGGUCUUCCAGUGGUUAUCAGAGCUUUGGCUUAUUUUUUGCUUAACGAAGAAAUGGCUAGGAGACCACAUCUGAUUUCCAGCCCUGAUGGUAAAGAUGUGUACAUGUACUUGCUCAGUAAUUUGAAGGAUCUUUUACACCAUGGAAUAAAUCAUAAAUUCCAGAUGGAUAUCAUUGAAUCUAACUGA